CCCAGGAGAACCGGGCUCCUUGAUUGCGUUCACUUUACAACUUCCCUGUGGCUGUGCUCGGCCCCAGGGAGGCCCCUCCUGGCUCCCCCGGGGCAGCUCCGCGCCUCUGCGCGGGCCCCGCGGCGCUCGCACGGCCGCGCACCGAGGCUCCGCGCCGAGGCUCCGCUUCGCCUCCCGGCGCCGUCCCGGGCAAACUCCGGCUGCGGAGCCUCCCCCGGGCGCAGCGGCGGGCCGGGCUGCGGAGGCACCGCUCCCUUAAAGGCGCCGCGCCCGGGCGAGCCGGGGCUGAGCGCGCUGCCCGGCGGAGCUGCGCAGCGGCGGCGCCGACAGCCCGCGCCCGACCUCCGCCCGCCACCAGCCUCGGGGGAGCGAAGCGCCUGGCAUGUAGGAGCGAAGAGAAGGAAAAGCGGGCAUGGGGAACCAGGUGGAGAAGCUGACCCAUCUCAACUACAAGGAAGUUCCCACGGCCGACCCGACAGGUAUGGACAGAGAUGAAGGGCCCAGGAUCGGGGUCUCCUACAUCUUUUCGAAUGACGAUGAUGAGCUGGAGCAGCAGCAGGAUUCGGUGCAUGACCUGGGGGGUGAGAACCCUGCCCUGCAGCCCUACGAUCCCCAGCUGCACGAGGUGGAGUGCUCAGUCUAUUACCGGGAUGAGUGUAUUUACCAGAAGAGCUUUUCAGAGGAGGACACGCAGCUAGAGGAGGGUGAUGAAGGCGGUGGGGGGCAUCUGAGCACCUACACCCCGGAGAACCUGCUGAAUAGGUGUAAACCGGGUGACCUGGUGGAGUUUGUGUGCCAAGCCCAGUAUCCGCACUGGGUGGUCUAUGUCGGGGACUUCCAAGUUGUGCACCUGCAUCGGCUGGAGGUGGUGAACAGCUUCCUCACCGAUGCCAGCCAGGGCAGGCGGGGCCGCAUUGCCAACCAGCUGUACCGCUACAAACCGCUCAGCCCGGCCGCCGUGGUGCGCAAUGCCCUGGAGCAGGUGGGCUGCAAGGAUCGGGACCUGAGCUGGAGAAACUCGGAGUGUUUUGCUGCCUGGUGCCGAUACGGCAAGCGAGAGUUUAAAAUCGGCGGGGAGCUGCGCAUAGGCAAGCAGCCCUACCGAUUGCAGAUCCGGCUGGGUGACAAGCGCAGCCACACGCUGGAGUUUCAGAGCCUGGAGGAUCUGAUCAUGGAGAAGAGGAGAAAUGACCAGAUUGGUAGGGCUGCUGUGAUCCAGGAGCUCUCCAGCCACCUGCAGGCUGCAGAGGAGGAGGAAGACGAGGAGGAAGACCAUCAUCAUCCAGGUGCUCAGACUGCUGUGGAGUAGCAGCCUCAGCACCACCAUUCUGCUUAGCCUGGGUGAUGGGGAUUAAAACUGAAGGCUGCGAAAUUGAGCUGUUAUAAGCCCUUUGGGCUGCUUCGGUGCAGCUUCAUUCCAAUCACAUGUGAAAGGAAGGGGGAAAGCUGAUUAAGUGUCUGUGCUUUAGUGCUUAACUCCUUCAGUGCUUGAUGAUAAAACCCCUGACUUAUUUGUAGAGGAUAAAACUCAGGGCAAUUCUAUCCCUCUCCUCUCUCACUUCUUUCUUUCCCUUCCUCUCUGCCAUGUUCACGCAUAGCCUUUUCGUCAACCAUCUGCCAGUAGGCCUGACCCUACAAGAUUUUAAAUGCCUUUGACAUCUACUUAUCAGCAGAAGUUAAUAGUAUUUAAUACCAUUAAGAAGUAGCCAACAAUUUCCAGUACAUGACCACGAAGCUCUGAGCAUGAGGAUAUUGUUUUCCCUUCUCUGCCACUGUUUCUCUUCAGCUGUGGCUUCUGUUGGUAUUGCAAGGAGCUGCUUCUCUCUUGGUUCAAGGCUUCGUGGGUUUGGUAACCAGUUCCCCAGAAGGUGUAAGGCAGAAAUCUCCACUGAUUUUAAUGAAAUGGGUUUGAUGUGCCUGGUGCCUUCCUAAUUGAUAGGAGGUUGCUGGUGGGCUGGGGAACCUGCUCCUUUGCCAUCAGUGUGUGGCUUUGGGGACAGAGGAUGUGUUUACUGCCAACAGGUCCCAGGGAAGGAAGCUUGCCACCCCAGUUAUUCUCUGCACACUGGUGUGUGUUGGGACUCCUAAAGGCAAGUGCUGAGCUGUGUCAGGCUGAGCUGUGUACAGCUGCCUUGACUUUUCCUAAAGCAAAAGGCAGGGCUCCUGAUCAUGCCUGUAAUACACACAGAGGCAGCAGAAGCAGUUUGCUUAUGUGUAAGAGUAUGUCUUGAGUAAGCUGUCCCUCAAGAGAGUGACCUCUUGGCUGGAUGCUUCUGGCUGUGAGCAUGCCACGGGUUCUGCACCACAGUGAACACAGCUGGGAUGGAGGGGAGAACAGGCUGGAAGACAUUACAGGCAGGGGGCUUGGGUGUUCCAAAGCAGUUUCCUCUUCAUUAGGGAUUUCAUGUUUCCUUUUUUUUGCUAAUUUCUGUGGUAUGCAGCUGAGCUAUAGCAUUAGAGGAGAGGACAUACCUCCAAAGUUGUGCAAGUCCCUCAGGAAGGGGGAGUGCAGUGCUGCCUGCCCUGAAUAUUGCCUGAACUUUUAUUCAGCUAUUGAACUGAUCUCCCACACAGGCAGCACUGUCUGAUCUUUGUCCUGGGAUCUGGGGUGUGUAAACAAGCACUGAUUUGGAGGCAGUUUCUAAUUCAAAAUUCCUUCCUCUUAAAACCCGAUAUGAUGAUGUGAACUUGAAGAUAAGCUUGAGUUCCUUUAAAUACUGGAAAUGAACAGUGUGAUGUAAACUUGAAGCAUAAUUAAUAUGGUCUUCCCUGCAGUUGUUUACAGUUAUACCACAAAUAGCAAAGUACUCCAUGUCCUUUCCACCUCUGUGACAGGAGCAAAGUUUGUUGUUUAAGAAUAGGAAGUUAUAAGCUUUUGAUUAGUUAAGAUUAUGUGAAGCAACUUUGCCAAUUUGAGUCGAGUGCAUUGUGGUGUCAUGUUUUCUGCCUAAAAUAUACAAGCUAGGAUUUGGCCCGUGAAACACCCAAGUCCAGGGGAGAGUUUAACACCAAGCUCCCUUAGAAUGCUAUAGCUCAGGUGCCUACACUAAGUGUUGUUUUUUUGACCAAUAUGCAAUUGAGUUAUUCUCAGGUUACUGUGGUUGUCAAGCAGAUGUCUAACCUUGUUUUGAAAGCAUAUCUACCCAUAUCUGCCUGUGAUAGGGUUAAUAUGUGGAUGUCUGCACACAGGUUUUAUACAACUACUAGUAACUACUAAAAGCUGAAAUGAUCACUGAGACAGUCUGAAAAAGAGCGAAGGAGAGUCUCUGUUGUACUUCUGACUGAUAUGAGACAACAGAUUAUCUAGACCAUGAGCAAAUGUCUAGCUGUGGUUUCUUUCAUACUGAAACCUUGUACAUAACAAAGUUUAUUUCACUGUGUAAUAUAGCUAUGUAAAAUAAUAUUUUCCUAGAGAUAUUUUUGGAAGUUUGGAAAAACCCUUCAUAACCUUGCUUUUGAAAGUAAAUUGUUAUGCACGUUAUUUUCCAGUCCUCUGAAUGGGUUUAUUUUUCAUUCAUGAUCUAAAGUAUAUUCUAGGUCAUAAAGUAUAGAAACUGCUAUAAAUGUCAAUUAUUAUGUAUCUACAGGGUACUAAACUGUAAACUAGUUGUGAAAAUAUUUUUCCCUUGUGUCUGAAACAUCAGAACUAUGACACCUAGCCAUUUCUUUUCUGUCCUUCUGAGAUACCUUAAUAGUCUGGCUUUGUUUUUGUUGUUGUUUUGUUUUUGGUUUUUUUGCCACUUUUUGUUUGGUUGUUGUUGUGGGCGUUUUUUGUGGGUUUGUUGUUGUUUGUUUUAUGUUUGGUUGGGGUUUUUUUAAUUAAAAGAAGGACCAAAUCUGCUUGGGAAUGGAGAGCAAAGCUUCUUUGACCUACUGAAAUUAUGUCUUAUGCUGGUCUUGGUGCUUCUCUGUACCGGUCAUGCCUUUUAGGAUAAAUUCCCCCACAGGCAUAAGGCCUUAGCAAAGAAUUCCAGAGCUUGCAGUGCUUUGCUUGCACAGAGGGUGAAGGGGGAGCUUUCCUCACAGCAGAAUUUGGCAUGCAUUCUGCUGUGUUAUAAAACCUUUGUGUUCCUCUGACACCCGGGAUACAGGUGUUUGAUAUUUAGAAUCUUAAAAUUCCCUGCAAGUUGUGUUUGGGAAUUUAUUGUCCCCUGACAUUCCAUUAUGUGUAAAAGUGGAAGAGGGUGGAAAGUUUGGCAUUUUUAAAACUUUGUCUGAAGGAGUGCUGCCUCCAUACAGGGAUUUCUUAUUCCAGCAGAUAAAGAUGCAACUGUUGAAUCUUUAACAGGCAGGUCCUUUUCCCCUACCUGCUGAUUAGGCAGUGUUAUUUAAUAGGUGCUACUAAACACCACUGCACACAUUUCUAAGCAGUCUGGUUUUAAAGCCAUGGACCUGUAAUGACCUGGAUGUGAGAACAGAAAUUGCUGUAGAAGCACAUCUCGAGUUCUUGGUUUCUUGUCUUUGCUGUACUUUGCUCAGUUACUGUCUGCAGAGUAAGCUGGGAUUUCUGGAGCUUGAUUGGAAAAAAAAGAGAUCUCCCAGGAAAACUGACUCUUUUGUGUGUGUGUCUGCUUCAGGAUUUUUACAUAGAUCACAAAAGAGAGGGGAAAGGAAUAAAGUGCUCUUUCCUGCGUCUGCUUUAACAUAGAGAAAUGCAGGUGUGGUCCUUCUGCAGAGCUUGUGCCCCAGCAAAGGUCUUAAGCCUAUAUUGAGUUUAAAGUUUGAGUAGACCUUACCUACUUGAGGCCACUUGAGAAUCAGUAAGCCUAUUCUUGUGCUUGAAAUUAAGUGUAUGUUUACACUUCUUUAUGAACGAGGGUCUGGAAUUUCAAUGUGAUGUCUCUGGUGAGAGCCUGGAGAAUCUGAGGUUGCAUAAUCAACAGGAGAACAAGUAGUGCAGUGAAAGCUGUUUCUCAAAGGGCCUCUUGUCCAAACAAGGGCUCAUGGAUCCCAGCCCAAAUUUUGGCCUCAGUUUCCCCCUGGAAAUCCUGGAGCUGCACUGAUUUGGUGAGAGGUGUGUUACACAGCAGUUGUAAGCCAAGCUGGUGAUCUGCUGCAAACUUCUCCGGUAUCUUUGUCUUGUCAUGCUUGAACUUUCCCUUGCAUUUUUAACAUUUAAAGUUAGUAUAAUUUGUUUUAAAAGCCCUUUGAUUGUGCAAACACCUAAUCUAUAUGAAUUUACUCAUGUGGGCAUAUCUAAUGCUGUGAAUAUCAAUAUGCACAUGUGAAGGCUGGCAAGGCUGAGCCCCAGAAGUGUAAAUGCAGCUCCAGCUAGGAAAUGUAGAUGAACAGCCUUAUUUCCCUGGAGUAUUGGUGUGUUUGAUGCAAAUAAUGCCUUGGAAAAGGUGUUGUAGUAAAACCUACAAUUAUCUGUUGAUUAAUUUUAAAAACACAAUUUAGACAUUCACCUUCCAUGGCAGUGAACAAAGACAUAAACUGAAGACUAUUUUGUUAUCCCUGAUUCUGUGUGAGUGCCAGGUAUUGAUUACAGCAGCUCUAGAACUCCUCUGGCCAAUGUGGUAGGCAGUUGCAGAGUAGGCAGGGAAAAUUCCCAAAAGCUACUUCAAAAACUGUAUUUUCUUACUUGGUCUGAAGGACCCUCGACUAUGGAAGUAAAUUUUAAAUUAUUUUGUAUAAAUUAAACUGUAGGCAAACUCUUUUUGUUCAUUUGAUUUCACUGUUCCACUCAGUACUAUGAUAGGUGAUAUUGUGUGAUUAAUCUGUUUCAGAUUUUGAAUGUAAUGUUGGUUUUCUUUUUCUCUUCUCCUUUGGUUAAGUUUUACCAAAGGUCUGUCCUUGGGUAUGUGAAAUGUGUUGUUGAGUGGUUUCCCACCUGUGUUUUUCUGACAGUUAACAGCACCAACCAUAAACUAACAGCCAUGUAGGAACAAAUAUUUUUAAAGCAAAAUUUUAACUUUGUACAAGAGAUUACAGACUAGUAACUAAGUAGAGAUAGGAAAUACAUUGUUUCUAUCAGCAGUUUCUAUUAGUAAGAAAUCCACUGUUAAUUAAGUAUGCUUGACUACUCUUAAAAAUCAGUGUGCAGUGAUAAGGCCAGGAGUAUUGUAUUCAGAUUAAGCUUUUUCUCUAAGAAAUCAGGGUGAUUUUGAACACCAGUGGUUUUAGAUGGUUUAAAUUCCUUUGCAUUAAUACUGGAUUAGAAGCUUUCUUUAAAUGCACACUUGAAAUUCCUGACAUUGUAACACUUCAUGAAAUCAUCCACAAUAAGAAGUGUAAUCACAAAUAUGAUUUUUUCCCACCAUGAGCAUUUUCUGUAAGCUGUCUUUUGUCAGUAAAUGUUGAAAUGUUAGUGCAAAUAUCUUCUUUUCCUGAGAAAGAAGUACACAUCAUUGAUUGUACCAUUUCCUUCAAAAUGAAGGGCAUUGCAUAGUAAGUCAAAAGAAAUAAAAGAUUUAUAGUAUCUUUUACAA